GGAAAGUGGUCACGUGAUUUGGAGGAAGCUCGCAGCUCGGAGGAGAAACUUACCCCCAUAAAACUUCAGCUUCACUCCUGCAGGAAUGUCACCGUGGUUUGUAUUAACGAAACCAGACGUUUACAAGACUCAGAGUGUGAAUUAAAGCAGCCGACGACACCCGCGUCGCACCGCGUUUCUCUCAGAGUAACGUCAGUAAGGCAGGAGAGAAGCUUGGUGAAAGAGGAUGGAUGGAGUCAGCUGGAGCACCACAAGGGCCCAGGAGUCAUUCAGCCGCUCCCAGACCGCAGCAGACACACUGUCCAGGCUUGCCAGCUUCAUUGCACGGACUGAGACAAAACAGCACACACGAAACCAAAGGCAGCAAUCCCACCUUUCCAUGUAUGUUUGUCAAGAAUGUGGUAAGGGCUUUCCUUUUGCAACAGAUCUGUUGCACCACCAGGAACUAAAACACACAUUACCCAAGCCUCACCGUUGUCCCUCCUGCGGGCUGGAGUUCUCCCUGAGGUCAUCCUUACAGCUUCAUGAGUGUGAUCAUGAUUCCUCCCAGUGUGAGCUCUGUCAUGGAGAGUCACGGCUUGGUUCUCCGUGCCCUGCAUGUACGACCUCAGAUCCUGGCAAGUCACCUCACCUCCUGGACAGUAGCCCUUAUGCAUGUGCCCCAUGUGGGAGAGGCUUCAGCCAGAAGCAGGCUCUGCUGCAUCAUCAGCAGGCUGGUUGUAGUGAGCCACCAUCCCCAUCAGAUGUAGUUGAUGCCAGUAGCCUUCCAGAUUUUUCUCCGCCAGUUUCUGAGGGAGACUCCACUCGCUCCGAUUCUUCAGACACCCCAGGGCCCAGCAGCAGAGCUUUCAAUGUCUGCCAGUUCUGUUCGAGGACCUUCCGCACCGAAGUUGGACUGCAACGCCAUGUACAGACCAACCAUGCAGAGGAGCAGGCUCCACAGGGGCAAAAGACCAAAGGAGAAGGUGCUAGUGGAGAAUUAAGGAAAGGAGGGAUUAGCAACGUGAAUGGAGAACCAAUUAAAAGUCCAAAAUCCAAACAGAAGCAUCUAAGUUGUCGCUCUUGUGACAUGGUUUUCAGGAGCACCUCUAAGCUGUACCUGCACAGAAAAGAGAAGCACAGCAGAGAGAAAAAUGUUGGGAGGGAAACCAGGCCAGUCGUUAUUAAGCGCAGGAGAGGAGGCGUGUAUCCAUGUCAGGUCUGCGGAAAAGUCUUCGUCCAUCAUUUGUCACUUAGGGCACAUUUCAGACAGCACACAGCCUCAAGUUUCACCACAAUCAAAGACAAAGGCCAGUCUGUGGGAUGUACCACCAAAGACUCCAGCUUAUCGGAAAAUAGACCAAAUAAAGUAAAGACCAGCAUAGGAGGUGACAAGACUGUUAAGGCUGGUCGAGGGAGGCCCAGGAAGGUGGCCAGAUUAGCUAACAAGGUUACUGAUCCCGAAAGAUGCAGAGAUGUGCCUGAAGUAGAGGAGAUGGAGGAGAGAGAGUUCCCGUGCCCCUCCUGUGCUGAGGUUUUUUCUCUGCAGUCGCAGCUAAGGGAGCACGUGGAGCUCCACCAGUCGUCCGUGAAGAGGAGACAGUGCUGCGUGUGCACAAACGAGAUGGACACCUGUAAAUGGCCCGGCUCGAAGCGGCAGAGGCUGUACCACUGUGUGCCCUGCCAGCAGGGCUUCUCGGCACUGGACUCUUUCCUAGAACACUGUCAGGAGCACCUGCGAGUCAGGGUGGAGGAGGACAGCGUCACAGAGGGCUACACACACCAGGCCAGCAAAGCCUGAGAUUCAGUUUGAAUGUCAUCAGCGACUGCCUUGUUGCCUUGAGGCGUUGGAGAGCGGAGAGUAGUGACAUCUCUAAUAAAUUCUUGUUGAUUAAUCAGGUCAUUGAUUGAGCAUUUUUAUACCUACGCUGUUGCUUUAAUGGUAUCCAUAGCAACAUAUGAACGGUUAAAGGACCAUACUGGAGUUUUUGCAUUUUCUGUUCAGCCCUUUUACUAUAAAUCCAAUAUACGUUACUGCCAGCCUUUUUCCAAAGUGUGACAUCGUUCUUUUCAGAUUCUCACCUUUUUGUUCAUUUUUAGGCAGCCACUUGUUCCUUUAAAUAAGUUCCAUCACAGUGGCCAUUUAGCUGGUUAACCUUUUAAUGUCAUCACUUGCAAAUUAAUACAUUUGAGCAGCAUUUCAAAAAGGAUCAUGUUUAUGUUGAAAAUAGAAGAUAUAUUGGAGUAUCCCACAAGUAUUUAUGUGCAGCAACCAGUAAAGAACACUCAUCAAGUUAUUCAUUAUUUCACCUUUAUUACAACAUAAAGAAAUUGCAACUUUGACUUAAAGCUGGAGUGUGGGAUUUUUACAUUUAAAAGAACAGCUACUAAAUUCGAGCCCUUGCCAAACAAGUUCACAUAAUGCGGAUUAAUCUAAUGACCGCCCGGUAAAUAUCUCUAAACUGUGUUUGUGGCCACGCUCCCUUGUUUUUAUUGCACCCAGCAAUGAUUGGUUUGCCAGAGUAGCGACAGACGCAGCUCAGUAUGGCAGAUCCUGUACAUCAUAAGCAUGUGUCCACAGUGUUUUACUGUAUUUACUCUCAAGGGGGGAGACAAACAUUCCACACUGCAGGUUUAACAUAAGUCUGUUGAAAGUUUAAAGAAAUGCAUUGAAACUUGUGGCAGUUGAAAACCAAAACAUGCAAAAACAGCAGUAUGCUUCCUUUAACAGAGUUUGGCAUAUCAUUAACACGCCACUACAAAACAAGGCCUCGUUACCUAAAAAGAUCUUAAAGCUAAGAAGAUCUUAGCCCAGGUACCGACAAUAGGAUCAAGAUCAUCUUACCUGAAGGAGGCCAUCUGCACAACCACCACCGUUCUGCCAGAGAUAUCUUGUUCGCUAGAGUCUGUUUUACAGCAGACACCUGUAGAGCUUUAGUUAACUACUGUCAGAUGCUGCAUUUUAGUUCUUUUUCUUAUAAUUUUGGCAGGAACUCUGGUGCCAUGGUAGUCCCAUGGUAUGAGUGAAAUCACUUGUUUUGAGCGCUUUUAUGUGUUUGGAGGUUCUGACAUAAGUAGUACUUAUUAAUCCAUAGAUUGAACAAACCCAAUGGCUGUCAUGGAUAGUAAUACCCAAUACAAUGCCCUUCAUUAUGUCUCUUUAGCUGGCAGGUACUCGGGUGAUAUUACAUUGCUAUGCAAACAGACUGAUGCUCCCCUCAGUAUGGCUGUGAUGCUUGAUAAGUGCGCUUUGGUGAAUCGACUAGGAUCAACAUGAGUAUUUUUUUUAUGUUUUUUUUUUUCUAAAGGAUUUUCAGCUACUGUUUUCAAAGUGCUACUGUGAAAAUGUAGGAAAUGAUUAAAUAGGUUUUGAAGCUUCCACUUUUUCGAGAUCUUUUGUAAAUCAGUUUGUGGCUCUUUAUAGAUAACAUAAUUAAAACUUAAUACAAAGAGA